AUGUUCUGGAGGAAAGAUGAAGAGGAGAUUCAUGCUGGUGUGAAUAAAGGAGAAAUCCUCCCCAAUAAUGACAGAACCUUCCAGAUUAGUGUUGAUUUAGAUCUUUCAUCUGUUCCACCUGAUGACUGGACAAAGUAUGAAUGUGUGUUUCAUCUCUCUGGAUUCAAGUGUGACGUUGUCAACAGACUGGAAAAAUCAAAAAUCAGGACCAAUGUAGAAGUGGUCCACUCUCUGAGGUAUUUCUACUCAGCAUCUUCAGGAUUACCAGACGUCCCAUCGUACAUGUCUGCUGGUUUUCUGGAUGAUGUUCAGAUCAGUUACUGUGACAGCAGAAACAACAGAAACAUUCCUAAACAGGACUGGAUGAACAAUGUUAGCUCAGAUAAUUCACAUUACUGGGAGGAGGAAACUCUAACACAGGGGUGGCCAAUCCUGGUCCUCGAGGGCCGGUGUCCUGCAACUCUUAGACGUCUCCCUGGUCCAACACACCUGGAUCCAACAAUCAAUUUUACAUUGGAGGAUCCACAGAACUGGGAGAGUCGGACUCAGGUCUGUUUGGUGAACCAGCAGCUCUUUAGAGCAAACAUUGAAACAGCAAAGCAGCUGUUCAACUGA